UUGAAUCUGCUGUGCACGUUUUACUGGAAUACAAUGCUUUAGUGACUCCUCCAGCCUCGGUAAAGUGGAUGCAUCAUAGGCAUGGACUCUGUCUGAGAAAGGUGGACUUGGCUAACUGACCAUGGCGCUCACAGGUAGGGGCUUAGGCCGGUUUCAUUUGGUUUUGCUGCUCUUAUGGACUCUAUCGCAGUACUCAGCAUCCAGCCAAGUCCGUCAAGAGUUCCAGGUCCUGGAGGAGCAGCCUAUUGGCACCUACGUGGGCACGAUAGAGACCAAGCCCAGCUUCACGUACCGCUUCAGUGAGAACCACAAACUUUUUGCAAUUAACGGCACCACGGGGGUCAUUUACACCUCCUCGCUGAUUGACAGGGAAGUUUUGCAAAGUGAUGUCAUCAACGUGGUGGUGCUGUCCAGCCAGCCCACGUACCCCACGGAGGUCAGGAUUGUGGUUUUGGAUAUUAAUGACAACUCCCCUGUGUUUCCAGACGCGUCUAUUGUCGUGUCUUUCAAGGAGGACGCGAGCAGUGGCAGGCAAGUGAUCCUGGACACUGCCACAGACUCAGACAUUGGGAGUAACGGAGUUGAUCACACCACGUACAGAAUAGUGAAAGGCAACGAGCAGAGGAAAUUCCGCUUGGAUAUUACAGUCAAUCCUAGUGGAGAGGGGGCAUUCUUGCACCUUGUUUCCACUGGAGGCUUGGACAGGGAAGUGACUCCCUUCUACCAGCUCCUGAUUGAAGUGGAGGACAAAGGAGACCCCAAAAAGUUUGGCUACCUGCAAGUAAACGUCACAAUCCAAGACAUAAAUGAUAACCCUCCUAUGUUUGACCAAGAUCAGUAUCAAACCAGUGUUUUUGAGGAUGCAGCAGUAGGUUCUAGUAUUUUGCAGAUUACAGCAUCAGAUCAGGAUGAGGGAGCCAAUGCUGAAAUCAGGUACUUUUUAGAUGAAGGAUCACCUUUCCAAAUAGACCCUAAAGCUGGUACGAUUAUUAUAAAAGAGGGAUUGGAUUAUGAGAGUAAGAAGGAGUACUCCCUGACUAUUCAUGCUGUAGACAACGGGGUGCCGUCUCUGUCAGGCAGAACAGAAGCCACGAUCAAACUUUUAGAUGUGAAUGAUAACGACCCGGUGGUGAAGUUUAGAUAUUUCCCUACGACUUCCAAGUUUGCCUCCGUGGAUGAAAAUGCACAGAUUGGCACGGUUGUCGCUCUGCUCACUGUUUCAGAUUCUGACUCCCCGACAGCUAAUGGUAACAUAUCUGUGUCAAUCUUAGGAGGCAACGAGCAGAGACACUUUGAAGUGCACACGUCUCCUGUGCCCAAUUUAAGUCUGAUCAAAGUUGCCAGUGUGUUAGACAGAGAGAGGAUUUCCUCAUACAACCUGACUGUGUCUGUGUCAGACAAUGGUAAGCCGAUUGCCAGGUCCUCCUAUGCCAGUCUAGUUAUAUUUGUGAAUGAUAUCAAUGAUCACCCACCUAUAUUCCAGGAAACGCUGUACAGAGUAGAUAUCAGUGAAGACAUACCAAAAGGCAGCUACAUUAAAGGGGUUUCUGCAACAGAUGGGGACUCUGGGCAGAAUGCCAACUUGCGCUACUCCCUGGUGUCUGGAAACGCUUUGGGCUGGUUCUCCAUCAGUGAAAACAGUGGUCUGGUAACAAGCGCUGCUUUGCUGGACAGGGAAAUAGCAUCUGAAAUUGUGCUCAACAUUAGUGCCAAAGAUCAGGGGCUGCAGCCCAAGAUUUCCUACACUAAACUUGUAGUCAACAUCACUGAUGUGAAUGAUCAAGUGCCCACAUUUACACAGAGCACGUUUCACGUUUCCCUGGUGGAGCAUGCUCCUGCCGGCACUGAGCUGGUGGUGCUGUCUGCCUCAGAUGACGACCUCGGGGCCAAUGGAACUAUCCGGUUCUCAUUUGAUGCAGAGAGUCCUGCGACAGUCCAGGAGCUGUUUCGCCUGGAUGCCGUGUCAGGGCGAUUAAGCACAGCCGUGGAGCUAGACAGAGAGGAUCAGGCCUCCUACUUACUCCACAUCCAGGCUGCAGACGGUGGCAGCCCUCCUCUGCACUCUGUAGGAAGAGUCAACAUCACCCUGAGGGAUAUCAACGACAACAGGCCAGUUUUCUACCCUGUGCAGUAUUUUGCUAAUAUAAAAGAGAAUGAGCCCUCAGGCUCUUAUGUUACCACUGUUUCAGCCACAGAUCCAGAUUUGGGUCGAAAUGGCACAGUCAAAUACAUCAUUACAGCUGGAGACUCUUCAAAAUUCCGUAUUAAUAGUAACACAGGGAAAAUUAGCACGCUUGUGCCCCUUGACAGAGAGGAGAAAACAGCUUACCAGCUGCAGGUGACAGCAGCAGAUGGUGGCGGUUUGCGCUCACACAUCCAGGCCAUAGUCACUGUGACAGUCAUAGACACACAGGAUAACCCACCAGUCUUCAGCCAGAUAGUUUACAGCUUUGUCAUGUUUGAGAAUGUGGGCAUAGGGACAGUUAUAGGGACUGUGUCAGCCACCACUGUAGAUUUAAACACAAACAUUUCAUAUCUGAUCACCUCGGGGGACCAGAGGGGGCUCUUUACUGUGAACAGUGCAGGUCAGAUCACAGCAUCCAGCCAGAUAGACAGAGAGGAGCAGGGUUUCUAUCAGCUUAAAGUUGUAGCCAGAGCUGGGGAGAUCACAGGAGAGGCCUUUGUUAACAUCACUGUGAAGGACUUGAAUGAUAAUGCUCCUCAUUUCAUUCAUGCUGUGGAGCAUGUGAGUGCAGUGGAGAACUGGAGCACAGGUCAUGUCAUUUUCCAGGCUAAAGCCUCAGAUCCUGACGAGGGGACGAAUGGCGUUGUGGUCUACAGCCUCAAACAAAACCCCAAAGGCCUGUUUCAUAUUCAUGAGAAGCACGGCCUCAUCACGCUCACCGGGCCACUGGAGGUCACCACAAGCUCUUACGAGGUCGAGGUCAUCGCAUCAGACAUGGGGGUUCCCAAGCACACAUCCAGCCUCAUCCUUAUUGUCAGCGUGUAUGACGUCAAUGACAACUCACCGGUGUUCGACCAGCUCUCAUACGAGGUCAUUAUCUUUGAGUCUGAGGCUGUCAACAGUCGCUUUUUUAAAGUGGAAGCCACCGACAAAGAUUCUGGACUAAAUGGCGAGAUUAUGUACGACAUAGUCGGGGGAAACACAGGUGAUGUGUUUGGCAUUUUUCCAGAUGGGCAGCUGUACAUCAAAGUGGAGCUGGACAGAGAGAUACAGGACAGAUAUAACUUAGUGGUGGUGGCUAAAGACCGAGCCGUUGAACCACUAAGUGCCACUGUGAAUGUCAGUGUGAUUCUGGAUGAUGUGAAUGACAACCGUCCCCUCUUUAACAGCACCAACUAUGUCUUUCAUUUUGAGGAGGAACAGAAGAGAGGCUCGCUGGUGGGCCGUGUUUUUGCAGAGGAUAAGGACUUUGGCCCAAACAGUGAGGUCAGGUAUACGUUUGAGACUCCGCAGUCCAACUUUGAGCUCAACGCCAUCACAGGGGAGUUGACCAGCACUCUACAGUUUGAUCGGGAGUCACUUAUGAGACAAAGAGGCGCCGCCGUGUUCAGCUUUGUCGUCGUCUCGUCAGACCAGGGUCUCCCCAAACCCCUCAGAGACCAGGCCAAAGUGCAAGUUUACAUUCAAGACAUCAACGACAACCCGCCUAAAUUCACCAAAGACAUUUACCAGGCCUCCAUCUCUGAGUCCGCUCAAAACAUGACACAACUGCUGAGGGCCUCGGCCUCUGAUGUAGACGAGAACAAAAAUGGACUUGUUCAUUAUCACAUCUCUGAGGGCAACGAGGAAGCACAGUUUACUAUUGAGAACACCUCUGGACAGGUUACUUUAAUAGGAAAGCUUGAUUAUGAAUCUACAUCCUCCUAUUCAUUGAAAAUCAUAGCUGUUGAUGCUGGAGCUGUGCCCCUGUCCUCCUCCUGUAUGCUCAGUAUAAGCAUCCUGGAUGAGAAUGACAACUCCCCCUCCUUCCCUAAAUCCUCACUGUCUGUGGACGUGCUGGAGAACAUGAGGAUAGGGGAGCUCGUGGCCUCUGUCACAGCCACAGAUGCAGACUCAGGCCAGAACGCCGACAUAAUGUACAGCAUCACAGCCACAAACAACCACGGCACUUUCAGCAUCAGCCCCAACACUGGCAGCAUCUUUCUGGUUAAAAAGCUGGACUAUGAAACGCAGUCUUUUUACAAACUGAACAUCACUGCAAAGGACAAUGGCAGACCGCCCCGCUCCUCGUCCAUUCCUGUGGUCAUCCACGUCAGGGACUUUAAUGACAACCCUCCUGUGUUUGCUCCUGGUGACAUUUUCAAAUCCAUCCCUGAAAAUCUUCCCUACUCGGCCUCAGUCAUGACAAUAACAGCACAUGACACUGAUGCAGACAUAAAUGGACAGCUGGAGUACUCCAUUGUUCAACAGAUUCCCAGAGGGAGCCACUUCAGCAUUGAUUCAAGCUCUGGGCUCGUUUACACCAACAAGGAAAUCGACAGGGAGUUUUCCAACCUGUUUGAACUGACCAUCAAAGCCACCGACCAGGCAGUUCCGGUUGAAUUCCGCCGCUUUGCUCUGAAAAACGUCACAAUAUGGGUCACAGAUCUGAACGAUAAUGUCCCGAGUUUUGUGUCACAGAAUGCCCUUGUUGCCGAACCCAACAUAGUCAUCGGCUCCAUCCUGACGACAGUGGUGGCCUUUGACCCUGACGAUGGGGCGAACGGGGAAGUGGAGUACGAGCUCGUAGAAGGGGACUCAAACACUUUCAUCAUGGACAGGUACAGCGGAGAUAUUCGCCUUGCCUCCCAGCUGGUCCCAUCCCGUCUGAUGUACACCCUCAGCGUAUCAGCCACUGACCACGGCACAGACCGCAAGACUUCCAGAACCGAGCUCACCAUCAUCCUCCAAGGCCUGGAUGGGCCUGUUUUCUCCCAGCCAAAAUACAUCACAAUCCUGAAAGAAGGCCAGCCGCCAGGCACGAACGUCAUCUCUCUGGAUGCUUCAAGUCCACGUGGCUCAGCGUCCAAAGUGGAGUAUUUCAUCGUGGCAGUUCGCAGUGGUGGGAAAGCAGUGGGACGUCUUUUCACCAUUGGCCGCCACACUGGAGUGAUACAGACGGCUGCAGAGCUGGACCGGGAACAAGGCUCAGACCUCUACCUGGUGGAUGUGUAUGCCAUCGAGGCGGAUGCCAGCCAGCCCAGAACACAGCGUGCUGAGGUGGAGAUCACGCUGCAGGACGUCAAUGACAACCCGCCUGUUUUCCCUAAUGACAUUCUUGAUGUGACCAUUGAGGAGAACGUCGGAGAUGGCUUCAGGAUAAUGCAGCUAACAGCCACGGAUGCAGACGAGGGUCCCAAUGCUCUUGUGACGUACACCAUCAUCAGCGGGGCAGACGACAGCUUUCGGAUUGACCCGGAAUCUGGUGAUCUGAUAGCCACCAAGAAGCUGGACCGCGAACGGCGCUCGAAAUAUUCCCUCCUGGUGCGAGCAGACGAUGGAAAACAGUCAUCUGACAUGAGGCUGAACAUCACUGUCAAGGACGUCAACGACCACAUGCCCAAGUUCUCCCGUGUUACAUAUUCCUUUGACAUCCCUGAAGACAUGGCAGCGGGCUCCAUCGUGGCGGCGAUCCUGGCCAGCGACUCUGACUCAGGGGUGAACGGAGAGGUCACUUACUCACUGGAGGAGGACGAUGAGGACGAGACGUUCCUCCUGAACCCGGUGACGGGAGUUUUCAACGUGACUCGUCCGCUGGACUACGAGACUCAGCAGUACUAUAUUCUGACAGCCAAGGCCCAGGAUGGAGGGGGGCAGUCCAGCACCGUCAGAGUGUAUUUCAACGUCCUGGAUGUGAACGAUAACGCCCCGGUCUUCAACACCAGUGUGUACAGCACGUCUGUCUCUGAGAGCCUGCCACCUGGAUCAAGCAUUGUUACUGUUGGAGCAAGUGACGCCGAUGAUGGCCCAAAUGCCCAACUCCUGUACAGAAUUGCAUCUGGUGAUCCCCAGGGCCACUUUGUCAUCACCAAGGAGGGAAUGCUCCAAACCAAAAAAGCUCUGGAUAGAGAAACCCAGUCCUUCUACAACCUAGUGAUUACAGUGAAUGACCUGGCUCCACCCCCCAUGACCCGCUUCACGAGCACUGCCCAGGUGUCGGUCAUCCUUCUGGACGUCAACGACUGCCCGCCGACCUUCACCUCUCAAAAGAUGACCUACAUCCAGGAGAACACUCCAGUGGACACCGUCGUGUUCAUUGCCAAGGCUACAGACGCCGACAGUGGACCUAACAGCUAUGUCGAGUACUCCCUCAAAGGACCGUUUGGAAACAAGUUCAGCAUCGGGACAAUCGAUGGAGACGUCAGGCUGGUGGGGGAACUUGACCGAGAGGAGCUUUCAAACUACACCCUCACUGUCGUAGCUACGGAUAAAGGUGAACCCCCGCAGUCUUCAACUAUGGACGUGACUAUGAUUGUUCUGGACGUCAACGACAACACACCAAGCUUUUCCCAGAAUAUCUAUGAUAUCGAAAUCGAGGAGAACACUCUGACUGGAACGGACGUCAUCCAGGUGUUCGCCAGCGAUGCAGACGAAGGCACCAACGGGCAGAUUCGGUUCUCCAUCUCAGGCGGCAACACUAACUCUGACUUCAGGAUUGAUUUGGUUACAGGCGUGAUUUCAGUCGCCAAGCAGCUGGACCGUGAGACACGUUCGUCUUACUCGCUGGUGGUCCAAGCGGCUGAUCGAGGCAGCAGCCCCAGGGUGGACCAGGCAACAGUCAACAUCGUGCUGCUGGACGUUAAUGACUGCGCCCCGGUGUUUGAGCUCUCCCCUUACAGCGUCAACGUCCAGGAGAACGUGGAGAACCUACCAAAAAACAUUCUGCAGGUUGUUGCCAGAGACGAUGACCAAGGCGCCAACGGGCAGCUCAGCUACAUGCUAAGUGGUGGGAACGACGAGGGCGCGUUCAGCCUCUCGUCCAGCGGUCAGCUCAGCCUGACCCAGACUCUGGACCGGGAGGCUCAGGGGAAAUACAUCCUCCUGAUUACAGCCACCGACUCAGGUUCUCCAUCGCUGAGCGGGACGGGGACAGUAACAGUUCUGGUAAACGACGUGAACGACAACGUCCCUGUUUUCACGUCCUCCACCUUCCACACCACCAUCAUGGAGGACGCUCCGACGGGGACAGACGUUCUGUUGGUGAACAGCUCUGAUGCAGAUGUGGGCCUCAACGGUGUUAUAAGCUACAGUCUGAGCGGAGGACACGGCCAGUUCUCAAUCAACCCGGCUACAGGACAGAUUAUCACCAGCUCCCUGCUGGACCGAGAAGAAAGGGCCUUUUACCAGCUGCUGGUUGUAGCAACAGAUGGAGGGCAGCCCGAGGGCAUGUCCAGCUCUGCCACUGUAUCUGUGACGGUGGCUGACAUCAACGAUAACCCUCCUCGCUUCCACCACCACCCCUACGUCACCCAUAUACCAGCCUCGAGUACAGCAGGGUCUCUGGUCUUCGCUGUGACUGUCACUGAUGAGGACUCCGGCUCCAAUUCCCAGCUGCACUACGCCCUGAUCGGACGCAACUCUGAAAAGUUCAAGAUCGACCCAGUCAGAGGAGCCAUCACUGCCAACGAGAGGCUAACUGGAAGCUCCGAAGUCACCCUCACAGUCCGGGUAAAAGACGGCGGAGCUAACCCCAAAACGGAUACGACCACAGUGACCGUCCGCUUUGUCACCGGAGGAAACUUCCCCGUCAUCAAACUGAAGGAGCAUGCAUUCACGUUUCCUGAGAGCCAGCCAACCAAUCACAUCGUUACAACAGUGACUGGGUCUUCUAUGAGAGGUGGACCGUUGUCAUAUUACAUUGCAAGCGGCAACCUGGAUAAUGCUUUCCACGUCGAUCAGCUAACAGGAGAACUGUCGAUCAGACAUCCACUGGAUUAUGAACACAUUCAGAAGUAUGUUCUCUGGAUUGAAGCCAGAGAUCAAGGCUUCCCACCUUAUUCCUCUUAUGAGAAAAUUGAAGUCACAGUUCUGGACGUGAAUGAUAAUCACCCAGUGUUUGAUAAGGAUCCUUUCCACGCUGAUAUACUCGAGAACCUUUCACCUCAGAGGGUGCUAAUGGUGUCUGCCGUGGAUCUGGACAGCGGGCCGAAUGGACAGCUGGAAUACGCCAUCAUUGACGGCAACAAGGAGAACAGCUUCAGCAUAAACAGAGGGACCGGUGAAAUUCGAACCACCAGGCCACUAGACCGUGAAAAGGCAGCUCAGUACUCUUUGAAAGUCAAAGCCACAGACCGGGGGCUGCCUCCUAAAAGCACGGCAGUGAAAGUGUUAAUCAACGUACUGGAUGUGAACGACAACGCUCCGAGGUUUUCAAAGAUCUUUAGUGCUACGGUGGCUGAAAACGCCCCGGUUGGUUACACUGUCACCAGAGUCACCACCACAGAUGAGGAUGCAGGUUCAAAUGCUGUGAGCAAAUACUCCAUCACAGACACCAGCCUUCCAUUCAGCAUCAAUCCAAACACAGGAGAUAUAACGAUCAGCAGGCCUCUUAACAGAGAAGACACAGAUCAUUACAUUGUCAAAGUGUCUGCCCAUGACUCUGGAUGGACUGUGAGCACAGAUGUCACCAUAUUCAUCACAGAUAUUAACGAUAAUGCUCCAAGAUUUAGCCGUCCCUCUUACUACCUGGACUACCCUGAGCUCACUGAGGUGGGCUCUCUGGUCACACAGGUGUCCGCCACAGAUCCUGAUGAGGGUUUCAACGGCAAAAUCUUCUAUUUCAUUCGGUCCCAGUCCGAGUAUUUCAGAAUAAACGCCAGCUCUGGAGAGAUAUUCGUGAAGCAGCAGUUGAAAUAUCAGAAUUCGACUGGUAGCAUAAAUAUAAAUCGUCACAGCUUCAUCGUCACAGCCUCAGACCGAGCUGUCAAGCCUUUGAUGAGUGAAACGACAGUAAUAGUAAACAUUGUAGACAGCAAUGAUAAUCCCCCUGAGUUUGAUUCCCCUAGCUACUUCACUCCUGUCACUAAGAGUGUUAAAGUUGGCACCAAAUUAAUCAGGGUUGUAGCUCAUGAUAAGAAAGACUUUGGCCUUAAUUCAGAGGUAGAGUAUUUAAUAACAGGAGGGAACAGCUCUAGUAAAUUCAAACUAGACAAAACAAGUGGAUGGAUUACUGUAGCGUCCUCCCUUACAUCAGAUACAAAUAAAAUGUUCCUCAUUGACACUACAGCGACUGACAGAGGAAACCCCCCUCUGUCAGUACGGACGUCAGUGAGAAUCGCUGUCACGGAGGAAAACCACCACACGCCUGAGUUCUCACAAAGCCAAAUCUCAGCCACUGUACCUGAGAGCCUUGCUGUAGGAACGGCAAUAAGAACCGUAUCUGCCAGAGACAAAGAUAAAGAAAUGAACGGCCUUAUCACGUACAAUAUAACUUCAGGCAAUGACAGGGGUCUGUUCUCACUUAAUGCUAAAACUGGAGUGUUAUCCCUCGCUCAGCCGUUGGACUCUGAAGAGAAACAACAACACGAGCUGAGAGUUUCAGCAACCGAUGGGGGUUGGAUUUCCAAAACAAGCUAUGUCUCUGUCACAGUCCACGUGACUGAUGUAAAUGACAACCCUCCUGUGUUUGAACCUGAGGAGUAUUUCCCCAUUGUGCAGGAGAACGUUCCCAGUGGCACCACUGUGGUCAAAAUGAACGCCACAGACCGGGACUCGGGAGCAAACGCAGUCAUGGCUUAUGUGAUACAGUCUUCAGACAGUGACCUCUUUGUUAUUGACCCGAACUCGGGUACCAUUACCACCCAGGGCUUCUUGGAUUACGAGGCUAAGCAGGUCUACCAUUUAACAGUAAAGGCCUUCAAUGUCCCAGACGAGGAGCGCUGCAGCUUCGCCAAUGUCAACAUUCAGCUUAAGGGAGCCAAUGAAUACGUACCCCGCUUUGUCUCCAAACAGUACUACUUUGAAAUCUCUGAAGCUGCUCCAAAAGGCACAGUGGUCGGGGAAGUGUUCGCCAGUGAUCGGGACCAAGGAGAUGAUGGAGUGGUUUACUACCUCAUUUUUGGGAAGAGCAGAAAGAAGGGCUUCGGCAUCAACAAGACAACGGGCCAGAUUUAUGUCACAGGUACUCUAGACCGUGAGAAAGAGGAAAAGAUUUCAUUAAAGGUGUUGGCAAAGAACGCAGGAAGUAUCCGUGGAGCAGAUAUUGACGAGGUCUUUGUUAACAUUACAAUUCUUGAUGCCAAUGAUCCUCCUGUUUUUACCCAAGAGCUGUAUGAUGUGCAAAUCAGUGAAGGUCUUUCACCUGGUGGUCUUGUUACCUUUGUGAGUGCUGAGGACUCAGAUUCUGUCCCAAGCUGGAGCAGAUUCUCUUACACCAUUGCUCCUGAGUCUGAUAAAAAUAUUUUCACUAUCAACCCAAAAACCGGGCAAGUGUCUGUGGCUGCAGAGCUAGACAGAGAAAGGACCCCAGUGUAUAACCUGACAGUUCUUGCUGUGGAUACUGGCACACCUGCUGCCACCGGAAGCACCACCGUGAUUGUCAAUUUGGAAGAUAUCAACGACAACGGUCCAACUUUGACAACCGCCUAUGCUGAGGUUAUGGAGAAUCAGAGAGCUGGCACUGCAGUGACAACUCUAACAGCGUCUGAUCCAGAUUUAGCACCCAACCAAGGCCCGUUCUUAUUCAGCCUUCUCAGCUCUGGAUCUGCAAACAGCUACUUCACCCUGAGUCCAGCUGGAGUGCUGACAACCAGUCGGGAGAUUGACAGAGAACAGAUUAGUGACUUCUACCUCUCUGUUGUGAUCAAAGACUCUGGUGUGCCUCAAAUGUCCUCCACCGGAACAAUCCACGUCAAAAUUAACGAUCAAAACGACAAUCCGUCAGAGUCCAGGUCUAUGGAAAUCUUUGUCCACUACUUUGGGAACAUGUUUCCUGGAGGCUCUUUGGGAGAUGUCAAACCCCAAGACCCUGACAUCCAGGACAGAUUCCAUUGCUCCCUUAUUCCUCCAUCCUCCGGGCUGUUUAAUAUUCCAACUGGAACCUGUUCCCUCAACUCUAAAGCCCGUUCAACGGAUGGAACCUUUGAACUAACCAUCCGCAGCAGUGAUGGCGUCCACGGUUCAGUCAGCAAUACAGCGAGGAUCCUCUUCAUGGGCUUCACAAAUGCGACAGUAGACAACAGCAUACUUAUCAGACUCCAGGCUCAGGGGGUCAAGAGCUUCCUUACCAACCACUACCUCAGUUUCUUACGUAUUGCCAACUCUCAGCUAGCAGGACUAGGCACCGGGGUGCUGCUAUAUGGAGCAUUCGAACUCAACAAUCAGACUUUCCUAAUGGCAGCUGUGAAAAGAGGCCAUGGACAAUAUGUCAACCCCAGUGGCGUGGCAACAUUCUUCCAGAGUAUCAAAGACGUUUUAUAUAGACAGAGCGGGGUGCAAAUAGAUGCGGUGGACCAUGAUCCUUGCACCCGUAACCCUUGCCAGAAUGGAGGCAGCUGCAAGCGGCGCCUCAGUGUCGGGCCUGAUAUGAAGACAGAAGAAAGUGUCCCAGUGAUCCUUGUUUCCAACCACCCCCUGCAGCCCUAUGCCUGUAGCUGUAGGCCGGGAUACACAGGAGCUCUGUGUGAGACAGACAUAGACGAGUGCCAGCCAUCGCCCUGUCACAAUGGCGGCACCUGCCACAAUCUGGUGGGGGGCUUCUCCUGCACCUGUCCUGAGGGUUUCACCGGGAUGGCCUGUGAGAGGGAUAUCAAUGAAUGCCUUUCCAAUCCAUGCAAGAAUGGAGCGCUGUGCCAGAACUUCCCCGGCGGCUUCAACUGCCUCUGCAAAUCCGGCUUUGCAGGCAGAACGUGUGAUUCCAUCAUCAAUCACUGUGAGUGUAACCCUUGUUUUAAUGGCGGGUCCUGUCAGAAUCGAGUGGAUGGAUAUUACUGUCAUUGUCCAUUUGGGGUUUUCGGCAAGCACUGUGAACUGAACAGCUACGGCUUUGAGGAGCUCUCCUACAUGGAGUUUCCGUCUUUGGAUCCCAACAAUAACUACAUAUAUAUCAAGUUUGCUACCCUGCAGAGCAAUGCGCUGCUUAUGUACAACCACGAUAACCAGACCGGAGACAAGGCGGAGUUCCUGGCUCUGGAGAUCUUCGAGGGACGGAUGCGAUUCUCCUUUAACUUGGGGAGUGGAACUUAUAAACUGAUGACCAUGAUAAAAGUUUCAGAUGGGCAGUUCCACACAGUCAUCGCCAGGAGAGCUGGCAUGGCUGCAUCCCUGACUGUGGACCUGUGUGGAGAGGACCAAGAACCAAGCUACUGUGCUGUGAGCAAUGUGGCCGUACACACUGACUGGAUCCUGGACGUGCAGCCCAACAGGCUCUCAGUUGGAGGUGUCAGGUCAAUAGAAGCUGUCCUUCAUCGGCGUGGUCAAAUCGCCACCCACGACUUUGUCGGCUGCAUCAUGGAGUUUGCCGUCAACGGGCGCCCGCUGGAGCCCAGUCAGGCUCUGGCAUCGCAUGGCAUUCUUGACAGAUGUCCGAGACUGGAAGGAGCCUGCACCGCCAGCCCCUGCAGACACGGGGGAACCUGUUUGGACCACUGGUCCUGGCAGCAGUGCCAGUGCGUAGAAGGCUUUACUGGCAAAUUCUGUGAGAAAUACAUGACAGCAGACACCGCCCUGUCCCUGGAUGGAACCGGCCGUCUGGACUACUCCAUGAAGCAGGGUCCUAAACGUGACAUCCUUCUGAGACGGUCUCUGCAGGGGGUGACCUCUGACCCCGCCAGUCCCAGCAGCUUGGAGGUGAAGUUCAGGACACGCAGCAAGACUGGCACCCUGCUGCAUGUGCAGGAGAGCAGCAACUACACCACUGUCAAGCUGAGAAAUGGUAACAUCCACUACAUCUCGGAUGCUGGCGUCGGGGGAAAGGUGGAGCGGACCAUUGGGGAGGCCGUUUUAUCGGACGGCCUGUGGCACACGCUCCAGCUGGUCAAAAACAGCUCGGCCACGGUGCUCCAGGUAGACGGCAGCCACGCCAAAGUCAUCCAACAUGCCACUCAGGACUUUGGAGGUCUCAGCGUUUUGACCUUUUCACUGGGAGGGAUCCCACCGGGACCAGCUCAGCAGAAAACUGCAGCAGGUUUUGAUGGCUGCCUGGCUUAUGUGAAGUACAACCGGGAGAACCUGCCUUUCACUGGAGAACACAGCCUUGUCACUCUAACAAAGACCAGCUCAUCUGUCAAGAUCGGCUGCAGGGGUCCUAACCUGUGCGAGAGUAGUCCAUGCUGGGAAGGCUUGAUGUGUGUCAACCAGUGGUAUACCUACCAGUGUGUCCCGCCUGGCGACUGCGCCUCUAAUCCCUGCCAGAACCAUGGAAGCUGUGUGCCAGACCAACGCUCAGGUUUCACCUGUGUCUGCUCUGAGUUUUACACAGGGAAGACUUGUGAGACCCUGGUGGCCUGUCUGGGGGUCCAGUGCCCUCAGGAUACUGUCUGUAAGACAGCCAACAACGGCGGGUACGUCUGCAGCCCCAACCCCACAGCAGAGACAAUGGUUCUCCCCAUCUGGGCGGUGCCUGCUAUCGUUGGCAGCUGUGCCACUGUCCUUGCCCUGGUGGUGCUCAGCCUGAUCCUGUGCAACCACUGCAGGGACCGCAACAAGACCAAAGUGCCAAAAGAACCCAAGGAGAAGAAACCCAAGGAGAAGAAGAAGAAGAAAAAGAAGAAGGGUAGCGAGAACGUAGCCUUUGAUGACCCAGAUAACAUCCCGCCUUAUGGAGAUGACAUGACUGUACGGAAACAACCAGAAGGGAACCCUAAACCAGACAUCAUUGAGCGGGAGAACCCGUACCUGAUCUAUGAUGAAACAGACAUUCCCCACAACAAUGAGACCGUCCCCAGUGCUCCCUGCGCCCCUUGUAAUGGCCCAGAGCCAGACAUUGAACACUACGACAUUGACAACGCAAGCAGUAUCGCCCCCUCAGAUGCAGAUAUCAUCCAACACUACAAGCAGUUCCGCAGCCACACACCCAAGUUCUCCAUCCAGAGACACAGCCCACUGGGCUUCGCCAGACAGUCUCCUCUUCCCCUUGGAGCCACGAGCUACACCUACCAGCCUCAGUACACCCAAGCACUGAGAUCCACUCCACUCAGCCACUCCCACUCAGCUUGCCCCACGCCGAACCCUCUCUCCAGACACUCCCCAGCUCCGUUCAACAAACCCGCUUCCUUUUACCGAAACACUCCAACAAGGGAACUCAACCUGGCUCGCCGAGAGGGCAGCCCGAUGGACCUGCACAGCGACAUGUGUCAGCCACCUCCCAUGUUUAACUACGCCACCCGGCUGGGGAGGCGCAGCAAGAGUCCGCAGACCAUGGCCAGCCAUGGCCACACCUCAAGGCCUGGCAGUCGACUCAAGCAGCCGAUCGAGCAGAUCCCCCUGGAGACGGGGCCUCCUGUGGGGCUGUCCAUCGAGGAAGUGGAGCGGCUGAACACUCCACGUCCACGCAACCCGAGCAUCUGCAGCGCUGAUCAUGGGCGCUCUAGCUCAGAAGAGGACUGCCGCAGGCCGCUAUCAAGGGUGCGUAACCCUGCCGAUGGCAUCCCUGCCCCAGAGUCCUCUUCAGAAAGUGACUCACAUGACUCCUUCACCUGCUCGGAGAUGGAGUACGACCGGGAAAAGCCGGUCUCUUACAGCUCGAGAGUUCCCAAGCUCUCUCAAGUGAACGAGUCAGACGCUGACGAUGAGGAUUACGGCGGGAGGCUCAAGCAGAGGAGGUACUCAAGCCGGAGGGCGGAAGGUGGGCCUGGCAUUCCCCAGAUGCCUCCCACUGACCAGCACUACACCCUGCCCCACAAAAUGGGCCAGCAAGCCGGGGGCUUCAACUGGGACAAUCUGUUGAACUGGGGCCCUGGCUUUGGACAUUAUGUUGAUGUGUUUAAGGACUUAGCCUUGCUGCCAGAGAAUGCAGCAGCAAAAGACAUUGAAAUGAACAGUGGGGAUGGCUCGGUGACCAUUCUCAAUGAAGGAGAAGCCGAGCAAUAUGUAUGAGACUAUUUAUUACAGUGGUGUAGAAAAUGGUGAUGUUCUCUAAUUUCAGUAAAAAAAAAAAAGAAGGAAUACUGUAUAUUUCUAGAGAACAUUGGACUACAUGUUUUUUUUACAUUAUUCAAGUUACAAGACGACUUUCAAUGCAGUAAGGCAGAACAAUUAUAUCUAAAACACAACCAAGUCAGCCACCUUGGACUAGUUUACCAGUCUUUUCCAUGUCCAACCUCAACUGUACAAUCGUGCAUUCAUCUCUCUGCGGCCUCAUUACAGCGUAUCCGUUGACACCGAAUGGCUCAACUAUAUAGAAAAAAGUAAUCCAUGUCUGAAUUCCAUUUAGUGACUGCAAAGCUCCUUCCAUGUUAUCUUGAUCAAACAUUUCUGCUUUUUAUUACCAAUAUUGCCUCUCCUUUCCAGAAACUUCUACAACUUCAUAGCUGAGAGAUAGGACGGCAGAUAAUAUUAACACUCACAGGAAGAGAAUUCCAACGAGCCGUGGAGAAAAAAAGGCAACUCCCGGUCUCUUGUCUUUUUAAGGGUCAAUUUUUAAUUUACUUAAAAGGAAGCAUGUGUGUUUGAUCUGAGUGCACCUGUAGGUGACAGGACGUAGCCCCUUGGUGUGAGAGUAAGUACAGUUUUGCACGCAUGGUAUAGUAGACCCCACCUUGUUAUGAUUUCUUUUCUCUGUCUAUCUUUAAUUUGGUGUGUUUUCUCAAAGAAGACUGGCUAAACGCUCCAAGAGUGAGGGUUUAAUCAAGUUCCCCUGCCUUACAGACAUUUGAGGAUCUCAGUACGGGGGAGGACUUUUCCUCCUCUUCUGUUUUUCUGGCCUGGGUUCAGUAGGAGAGGAGGUUUUUGGCGGGAUAGUGUUUGUCACAAAAAUUACCUUUUCUGACCAGCCAAGUGUUUCUCGGGCAACUACGAUGAUGAUGAUAUUGAUUAUAUUGAUGUAUGGAACCCAACUAAAACACUAUGAACUUGUGUACAUUUUUUUAAUUCAUGAGAAAUCAUGGAGUCAUUUGUUGUUGGUGUCUUUGUCCAUUAUUUUGACAUGUAUGGUUUCUACAUUUUUGUACUGUUUAUUAACUUAAAUUACUUAAACUGUGUUUUUAUGGAUAUUUUCAUAUGCUGAAAUGUAUGUUCUUACUUUCGGGGAAAGUAAGAUUGAAGACUUAUUUUUUACAUUUGUUACAUAUGUAACAUCAGUAUUUUCCACUUUUGAUAAAACUAUAACAUGCUGUAUGCUUUGUACCUGUAAAAAGCCA